GCUUUGACCACAACUUUGGCCACCUUGUCAUGUCAAAUUCGCCUCCUCGGAAGCAGAUCGGUGAACAGUCCCUCGAUGCAUGGGACAUGUUGUGGAACAGUCGUCGAAAAGGCUUGGAAUGCGCCCAAUCGACACGCUCUCUAACGAUUGAGUGCGUUUGGUCGAAUCGACUAACCCGAUUUCCAGGCGGAAGUCACUUAGUAAACCGGACGGCAGACGAACGGCAAGACAGAGAGAGAACGGUUACCCACGUGGUCCUUUUUCCGUCCCGGACUUCGCCAAUCUUCAAUGAUCCCGCUGUCCCACGAAGUUCUAUACAACGAAAUGGUGAAUUAUCACUGGGAAGAUGGAUUCAGGGGUAGAACUGGCAAGGAACGCGUCCGACGACGAGCACGAUAACGAUAUUGUUGAAUUUCAUCCUUUCGUCACCAGCUUGUGGGAACGAGCGGAGGAUUUUUGCCGCCAUAAUAUAUCUCCUCCAUCAAUUCAGUAUCAUGGCAGUUCAAACGUUCACAUUUGAAGGCUUACGCUGCGCUCUGUACAGCUUUUACUGGUCAUCUGGCCGCCCUGUUCUUUUCAUUAUUUCUUGUACAACCACCAUUCAUCCCUUCCUACGUUCACCCCCCAGACUCGCCAUCUCGUCGAAAUGGAGGUUUUGACUGGAGCAUCUAAAGUCCGGAUUGGCAGAGGGAACUUUUCAAAUGUUGGAAGAGAUCAAGUCAACAAUUAUACGAUCGUUCAGACAAGAGACAAGAGGACAAAGGUUGACAGCGACCCACCAGAACUCUCCGAGUACACCGAAAUCAAACGGGGCGACAUCUUUAAGGACAAAGACAUCUGCUAUUCUUGGCAGUUGUGCUCGAAUGGGAAAGACGACACGGAGGCGGCAGUGUAUAUUGCACAGAUCAUGAUAGGUGGCCGGUUUGGGGAGAGCAAGUACACUGUGAAGACAUACCAUGGGCGAAAUGCGGCAAAGGAAUGGAGGCGAGAUUUUUCGCGAUGUUCCAUGGACUGGCUCAGAGAUGUUCCACUUUUUGGCUACAACAAGUCGUCGGUUCCUUUGUUGAUAUUCUGUGGAGAGCUCGUACCUGUUGCCCAUAUCGAAGAUGGACUAGGAGAUGUGGGGUUAUUCUAUAUUGAGCUACUGAGGAACAGCUUGAGAUGUUCAAGAAAUGAACUGUGGAUGGACCCCAUGAAAGGAAGAUUCUGUCGCGGACCGAUUGGGCCAAAAUGUUUCGAUUGGCAGGAUGUAAUCCAUGAUGCCCUAGACGUUCCUUCCGAUGUAGAAUUCCUGAAAGAAGCCGCCGUCAUCCGAUACCUGUCUAGCAAGGAAGAGGAUCGGUGGUUCCUUGCUGCACUUAGUUAUAGCAGUCAUCUUGAAAUACUUGAUGGCGAUAUCCCGGCACCCAGUCGUACCCACGUCAUUUCCGGUUUGACAAACUCAACGAUUGCUUCCUUCAAUAAUAUACGGUGGAAGAAUUGGAAUGAUUGUCUUGGGAAAAGGCAACAGAUGCCAAAUGGAGUAGCAAGCUACCACUUCAGAGAUGAUCGGCGCAAGAUAGAAGUAGAAUCUGUCGGCGAACGAAAUUCAUGGCUCACACAAGCAUUGAGUGUUUUCCACGCUCACGAUAUUUCGUUGGAUGAGGACCUUUCCACAUACAAGUUCGCGUUCCCUUUUUGCAGGCUUACAGGCACAAUUCAGAAAUCCAGUCGCAAACGACAACGACGCCAACUGUUCCCACCCAUCUACUUGAUUUUCUUUCCUACCCGUACUGGUACUCCCCUCUAUCGCUGGUCAUUUAAUCCAACCGGCCAAACACCACUCUUGCCAGAAAUGUGCAAAUACCUCGGCCUUCCCUUCAAAUUAUCCCUCGAAGUGACACCCUGCCAAUCAUCUUGGCCUACCAGGAUCUACAGACACAUUCACGAUCACCAAAUUACGAGGAAGUUUAACCCCAAAACCACGGGUUUCGCACGAUCUCUUCAAUUCCCUAUAUUCAAAGUCGCUCCUGCCGAAAGCCGCUUCCGAGAAAUUGUCGAAGAGCACCACAAAAUACCCAUAGAACCGAAAGCUAAACCGUUGCCAAGGGUCAAUACUUCUGAAGGACUCUCGGAACCUGUUCCCGACUGGGUAGAAGGGCGAAGUCACGAAGAGACAGACGAUUCUUUCUCGCUCGAAGUGCUGUUUGAUGAAACCGAAGGGUCCACAAAGCAUGCCGAGAUAACAAAUUCGGUGUCUCCUCGAAAAGACAUGACACGUUCACUACUGAGUACACUAUUUGCCCUAUUUACAUGGGAAGCCAUUGAAGGUUCGGGCAUCUCAGCUGCGGCGAUCUAGGUGGUGAGACGGGUUGUUUGAAUCGAAAUUCAUGGAGGCCGGCGAUCGUUAUAAUAAGAAUAAUAAUAAUUUAUGUAUAGGUUGGUGUGAAAUCGACCAGGACGGUCAGGACAGAGUAGCAG